AUGACAUUUGAAGAAUUCACUCAGAAGGUCUUAGAAAAAUUCGACAUUUCCCUUCAUGUGAGGAGGAUGCACUACACCCUCAAGUUUAACCCUAGAGUCAUCCAAGAUUUAGAAGAUGAGGAUGACUUGGAUAACGUGGUUUCCCAUAGUGAUGACUUUGCAAAUGUGUACAUAGUCGAGUCACCCGGUGUGGAAGCCAUAGAGGCAAAUAUACCGAAUACACAGUUGGCACUUGGAGGUCCACAUCCUACGUUUCCUUCGUCUAAUGCAUCAUGCGAUGCAAAUCCUAAUACUAUGAUGUUAUCAAGAGGUUUUGCAUCGCGUUGUGCAGAUAGUGAGUACACCCCUUUGGAAUCGAAUCGGUUUCGUGAGGCAAUAUUAGGUUCCGGACAUACAUUUAAGAAUGCAGAUGAGUUUCGGAAUGCAAUAUACCAAAUGUCAUUAGCUGGAAGGUUUCAAUACAAGUACAAUAAAAAUUCACCCACUCAUAUGUCAGUAAAGUGUUCGGUUGAGGAUUGUCCUUGGAAGAUAACAGCUCAUGCUGUUGAAGGAAAUGAAAUAUUGCGAGUUUAUACUUACCAAGUUAAUCAUAAUCAUAUAGCUCAAGAUGAGUGUUCAUCUAAGGUGCGGGUUUCUUCCAAGAGAGGUGCUGUUGUUGUUGAAGACGUGUUUAGAACAACUCCAGAAUACCUUCCUCGACAAAUUUGCAAGGAUUUUGAACGUGAUCAUGGAGUUCAAUUGACUUAUAACCAAGCAUGGCAUCUUAAAGAGAAGGCAAAAGAGCGUGUAUAUGGAUCUCCACGUGCGUCCUACGCGUAUUUGCCUUGGUCACUUCAAGCAAUUGUUCAUUGCCCACGCAUUUUCAAUUCAAGGGUUCACCAUGGGGUGUCGACCGGUAUUGGCUAUUGA